AUGUUGUAUCGCUCCAUCAACUUUUGGCUGUUGGACUUGACUGCAAGUCUACUGGUCUUCAUAAGUGCAUGGUACGGCAAAAUGACACGAAGAAGAAUGCAACUAAGAGGGGAACGAGAGACAGUCUCCUCCGCGAGCAAAGUAAAGCCGGCACAAAGCGAUGAAGUCAUGACUUGGAACCUAGGAACUACGUUGUGGCGAUUGUUUUUGUACACUGGUUAUUUCGCGAUGAUGGCUUUGUCUGUUGUCAUAUUUCAGUCCCAUCCAUACUUUAUGAUCUUUGUUCAGCACAUCACGGUGAUCUUCUCCAUUUGCGUGGCUUUUCUCCAGUGGUUCCAACCGCUUUUAGCGUUGUGUCUUGGAGGCUUCUUCUCCGUAACCUGGAUUGCCAGCGCCUCUACCUCCUUUCGUUGGGUUAUGAAUGACAUGGUCAUUGCUUUGUUUUCGAUUCUAGUCAGUCAUGUACAUUUUCGAAACUUUCCUUCACUGCAAAUGUUUUUAUGGACUGCUGUUGUCUACGACAUUUGCCUCGUGAAAGUACUUUCAAGCGGUCUCCCUUCACUGUUUAGUAAAUUUANUUGCUUUGUUUUCGAUUCUAGUCAGUCAUGUACAUUUUCGAAACUUUCCUUCACUGCAAAUGUUUUUAUGGACUGCUGUUGUCUACGACAUUUGCCUCGUGAAAGUACUUUCAAGCGGUCUCCCUUCACUGUUUAGUAAAUUCAGCUGCAAAAGCGUGCUAUGUAAUGCGUUUGAAAUCAAUAACGAAUGGGAACUUCCUACUAUUUUCACUUUUAAGCUGGGCCCACGAGAGGGCCACGUAUUUCUUGGUGCUGGUGAUAUCGUUAUUGGCUGUAUGGUGGCCAAUUUUUCACAAAUGUUUUUCAAGUCUUCCAAAUACUUAUCAGGGACGGUAUGUAGUUACGCUUUGGCGAUCGCCUUAUUGAGCAGAAUCGAAGAAGAGCCAUAUCCUGCCUUAGUCACCAUUGUUCCACUAUGUACUUGCCAGUUGGUGCUGUCAGCCUUUUUGUCACGUAAAGCCAAAAAAUUGUUCUCAUUUACGUGCUUUGAUAGAGAUAGAACAGCAGGAGGGUUGGGCCGAGAUAUAGAAUUUGUGAUUUAA